UACAUUACAAAUAUCGAAUACGAAUAUCAAAUUCAUUUUAUUACAAAACAAUAACAAAGAUAGAGAGAAAUAAAAAGUUUAUUUGUUUGUUUGUUUACAAUUACGAGUAACUGUCACAAGGAUCAGUAUAGAAUGGAUAUUUACACAAUCGAGUGCAAUACUUCUUCACUGAAACAUGACUACUACAAAUAUCACGGUCUUUAAUAAUACCGCACAUAAAACGGCUCGUAAAUUCGCGUGUGCAUCGAUUGGAAGCAAUCUCCUUCCCUUCUCCGAACUUGCUGGACUUGAGGCGUCGCUGAACAAAAUCCGCGACACGCGAAUUGCAAGCGGUAAACCGGAAGCGAGCAACCGCGAAUCGUCUAGGCGCGUAACUAUAAGGGUGUGAGAAUGAAAGAGAUGGACCCUCCACUACCAGGCGUUGUUCCUCAACCGACACCUCCUCCCCCCAACCCCCUCCCAUAUGGUAGCCAUAUGUAGGUUCUGGGCACCACCAGAGGGGGAAAAGUCAUCGCGGGGAUCCAGCUGAUGGUCGACGCGUUGGUCGGGCUUCCUCAGUUACUGUUGGACCGCACGUUGGUUUGGUCUACGCGUCGUGCUGGAUGAAUCCGGCUUCGAUAUCAAUUUUCCAGAAGAACGGAAGUUCAGGCCGCAGCGCAGCACGACGACCUUGACCCUUAUUGGAUCACGAGGUCGCGCGAGAACCAGCAGAAACUGAAGAUGAUACCGGAUGCAGAAGCUGUGUGUCAGACUUCCGAAGCUGCGGUCGACAAUGGCAGCGACGUAUACGAGAAGAUUAAGGACCGGCCGGAAAAGGAAGUGGCGUCGGUGACCGCCUGGAACCGAUACCAGCGAUUGGUAGCCGCGAUGGAGUCCCGGGGUGGUGAAUUCAACCGGAAGUCCGUAAUCGAGGCGAUCUUCCGUGGCAGCGAUCUCGUCUACGUCACUCAUUGAUCGGCGGAUCGAUCAGGCGCGAGUGAGAAUCUCUCGCGCGUUCCUGUACCAAAGUGCCAGCCAGUAUCAAAUCACUUUUGAGCAGUGGUGUAGAAUUCGCGAGUCGCAACGUCGUAAUACUCUUUGAUGGGUCUAUAUGAUGAAUCUAUACAAGGAUUUAGCAUAAUUUUUCGAAAGAAUGGAAAUGAUACUUGCAUUAUUUUUUUAUAGGAUGAAAUAAUGAUGUACGUUAUUAUUACUUUAU